CCUCUAUCCAGCUGUGUGUCUGUGAAGAGUGAUCAGUCAAAAGAUGAUGGACCAGUCUUCAGUGAGGAAACACCAUCAGCUACCAAAAGUGAAAGAGCAGAAUCACCAGUAUCCAAUGUUUUGUCUAUGAAGAGUGAUCAGUCAAAAGAUGAUGGAUCAAUCUUCAGUGAGGAAACACCAUCAGCUACCAAAAGGGUUCAACAUGAUACAUCAGACUCAAAGAUUCACAAAACGAGCAAGGACUUCAAACAAAAUCUCCUUUUGAUCUUCCAGGAACUUGAGAACAAAAUAAUCACAUUUCUGAAGAAUGAGCUGGAAAAGUGUAAGAAAAUAAUAAAAAAGGAAAACACACAAUUCUUUGUGAAGGAUCUUAAAGAGGCCAUGUACAAUAUCAGAGAAGCGGCUCUUGAUAUCACACUUUACUUCCUGAGAAGUAUGAAACAAGAUGAAUUUGCUGAUAUUCUAGAAGACGAGCUGGUCUUCAUUUAUCAACAAAAACUAAAAUCAAACCUGAAGAAGAAGUAUCAAUGUGUGCUUGAAGGAAUUGCAAAGCAUGGUGACUCCACACUUUUAAACAAGAUCUACACAGAUCUCUAUAUCACUCAGGGUAGUAAUGAACACGUUAACACUGAACAUGAGGUAAGACAGAUGGAGAAAGCUUCCAGGCAAACUGAAUCACCAGAGAUACAGAUUAAGUGCAAAAAUCUGUUUAAACAUCCUGAACAAAACAAGGAAAUAAGAACUGUAUUAACAAAAGGAGUUGCUGGUAUCGGAAAAUCCGUCUCUGUGCAAAAGUUUGUUCUGGACUGGGCCGAAGGAAAUGAAAAUCAGGAAAUCAGCUUAAUAUUUCCUCUUCCUCUCCGAGAGAUGAACUUGAAGGAGAAAGAUAGACAAAGUUUGAUGGACCUUAUCAGUCAGUUUUUCCCAGAGACAAAAGGUGUGAACCUCGCAAGAAAUUAUAAAUUCAACGUCCUCUUCAUCUUUGACGGAUUGGAUGAAUGUCGACUUCCUCUGAAGUUUGACGGUAAUGAGACUUGUCGUGAUGUCACAUCUCCAGCCUCUCUGGAUGUUCUUCUAACCAAUCUCAUCAAGGGAAAUCUUCUUCCUUCUGCUCACAUCUGGAUAACCACCAGACCAGCAGCAGCCAGUAAGAUUCCUCCUGAGUAUAUUGACCGGGUGACAGAGGUGCGAGGGUUCAGUGAUGAACAAAAGGAGGAGUACUUCAAGAAAAGAUUCACGGAUGUGAAUCUGUCCAACACAAUCAUUGAUCACAUUAAAAAAUCAAAGAGCCUCUUUAUCAUGUGCCACAUCCCAGUCUUCUGCUGGAUUUCAUCCACAGUUCUCCAGAACAUUUUGGAGAAAAAAAGAAAUAACAAGAACAAUCAGACUGAUGACGUCUCCAAAACACUGCAGGAAUCUGGUGCUGAUGAUGAAACUCCUAAGACUCUGACACAAAUGUACACACACUUUUUUCGCUUUCAGAUCCAGCAGAGCAGCCGAAAAUACAAUGGAAAAUAUUCCCCAGAUGUUUCCUGGGAUAAAGAGGCGAUCCGUUCUCUGGGAAAACUGGCAUUUCAUCAGCUGGAAAGAAACAACUUGAUCUUCUACAGUGCAGACCUGGAAAACUGUGGUAUUGACCCCUCCAAGGCAUCCAUGUACUCUGGGAUGUGCACUCAGAUCUUUAAGGAGGAAACAGGGAUUGUUCUUGGCACCAUGUACUGCUUUGUUCAUUUGAGCAUUCAAGAGUUUAUGGCGGCUCUUUAUGCUCAUCUGAUUCUGGACACAAACAAGAAAAGUGUGUUUUUCCAAGAUGGCACAGAACAAGAAAACAAAUGUCAAACAAUGAUUGAUUUGCUCAAGACUGCAGUGGACAAGGCACUCAUGAGUGACAAUGGACACCUGGACCUUUUCCUUCGCUUCCUUCUUGGUCUUUCACUAGAGUCCAAUCAGCCACUCUUACGAGGUCUGUUGACACAACAAGACAGCAAUGAGCAGAGCAAAACUGAAAUAGUUGAGUACAUCAAGCAGAAAUUUGAAUAUAAUGCAUCUCCAGAAAGAUCCAUCAAUCUGUUCUACUGUCUGAAUGAACUGAAUGACCAAACUCUGGUGAAGGAGAUUCAAAAUCACCUGAGAGAAGGAAGUCUCUCAUCUACUGACCUCUUACCUGCUCAGUGGUCAGCUCUGGCCUUUGUGCUUCUGACAUCAGAGGAGGAGCCGGAGGAGUUUGAUCUUCAGAAAUUCAAGAAAUCGGACGAGUGUCUCUGUAGAUUAGUGCAAGUUGUCAAAACCUCCAAAAGAGCUUUGCUAAAUGAUUGUGACCUAACAGACAAAAGCUGUUCAGCACUGUCUACAGUUCUCGGAUCAGAUACCAAUCUGAAAGAGCUGAACAUGAACAAUAAUAAUCUGCAGGAUUCAGGAGUGAAGCUGCUUUGUGCUGGACUGGAGAGUAAAAAAUGUAAAUUGGAGAAACUGAGGCUUUCGAACUGCAGUAUUACUGAAGAAGGAUAUAAAGCUCUGUCUUCAGCUCUUAGAUCAAACCAUUCACACCUGAUAGAGCUGGAUCUCAGAGGAAAUGACCCUGGAGAAUCAGGAGUGAAACUGCUCUAUGAUGUAUUACAGGAUUCAAACUGUAAACUGAAGUUGUUAAAAAGUCCUUCUGCAGAAGAAGCCCAUCAGUAUUUGAAUAUAAAUCUUGGUAAAAAUCCUUUACUCCUGAGAGAGUGGAAUCUGAACGGAUAUAAACUAGAAGACUCAAGAGUGAAGCAGAUCGCUGCUCUACUGGGGGAUAAACACUGUAAACUCAACAAACUUAUGUUAAGAGAGUGUGAUAUUACAGAUGAAGGUUGUUCUGCUUUGACUUCAGCUCUGAAUUCAAAUCCAUCACACCUGAGACAUCUGAACCUGAGUGGGAAUAAACUGGGAGAGUCAGGAAUUGGACACCUGUGUGAUUUACUGAGAAAUUCUCAAUUCCAGCUAGACAAUCUAGAGUUGUGUGAAUGCAGUAUUACAGAGAAUCAGUGUGGCAUCCUGACUUCAGCUCUGAAUUCAAAUCCAUCACACCUGAGACAUCUGAACCUGAAUGGAAAUAAACUAGGAGACUCAGGAGUUGGACACCUGUGUGAUCUACUGAGAAAUUCUCAAUUCCAGCUGGAAAAUCUAGAGUUGUGUGAAUGCAGAAUGACAGAGAAACAGUGUGGCAUCCUGACUUCAGCUCUGUGUUCAAAUCUUUCAAACCUGAGAGAACUUGACCUCAGUGGAAACACACUAAAGAACACAGGAGUGAAUCACAUAUGUGAUAUACUGAAUGAUUCAAACAGCAAACUGCAUAAAUUGAGAUUGUCAGACUGCAGUAUUACUGAAGAAGGAUAUAAAUCUCUGUCUUCAGCUCUGAAAUCAAACCCUUCACACCUUAUUGAGCUGGAUCUCAGUGGAAAUGACCCUGGAGAAUCAGGAGUGAAACUGCUCUGUGAUUUACUACAGGAUACAAACUGUAAAUUAAAUACUUUAAGGUUGUGUGAAUGCAAUAUUACAGAGAAACAGUGUGACAUCCUGACUUCAGCUCUGUGUUCAAAUCCAUCACACCUGAGAGAACUCGACCUCAGUGGAAAUAAACUAAAGAACACAGGAUUGAAUCACAUAUGUCAUCUACUGAAUGAUUCAAACAGCAAACUGGAGAAACUGAGUCUAUAUAAUUGUGGAAUCACAGAUGUUGCUUCUUUGGCUGAGGUGAAAACAGUGCGGUCUUUAAAGAAACUUGAUCUGAGAAAAAACAAAAUUAAUGCAUCAUCAGGGAAGCAGCUCUGUGAAGUGCUGAAAAACUCAGACUGUGAACUGGAACUAGACAGCGAAGAUGUUACAGAGGAAGAACGCUCUCAUCAGAGCACAGAUGUGUCCGAUCAGAAGGGGACUACAGUCAAACCUAAAGAGAAAGUGAUGCACAUUGCUGAAGUAAUGUUAGAGGAGUGA